UCAAACCGUAAACCGCCCACCCGUAAAUUGGCGGGAAAAAAACUAAAUCGUACGGCAACUUCAAUUCUCAUGCAAUCCUCCCUCUACGCAGCUUCCAAUUCUCACCAUUACCAGAAUCCAUGGAGAAUUCCAGAAACCCCAUUAACAACCCCGAAAUUUGCCCCAAAGAACACCAAGAAAACCGGCUUCAGAACUCGCCAUAUAGCCAGUUCUUUCAGGACGUCGCUUGGUUACGACUCGCAAGAAAGCGUCGGCAAAGAACCGGGACCUCGGCUUCCGGUGGCGAUUCAGCGUUCGGGGAAGGUUUCAAGGUACUUCUGGGACGGGGAAAGUCUGCGGUUGGUCGGCGUCGAUGGCGGUGCGCCGUGGUUUAGUCUCGAUUUCGACGAUGGAGUUCGUAGCUUGGCUAGGGUUUGUGGUUUGGCGGUAAGGAAUUUCUUUGUGCCCAAGAAAGUUAGUGAGAAUUACAUGAAUUACGUGAAAUGGAAGUUCUUGCACCGGGUUUUCAGCUCGGCGCUCCAGGUCCUUGCCACUCAGGCAAUGUUUCGAGCAAUUGGAUUUGGAUAUUCUCGUUCACUUCCAUCAGCUGCUGCUCUGAACUGGGUCCUCAAGGAUGGACUUGGACGGCUUAGUAGAUGCAUCUACACGGCUAGCCUAGCAUCUGCUUUCGAUACCAAUUUGAAGAGAGUUAGGUUUUCCACCUCCGUUCUCUUCAGUUUGAGCAUUGGAGUUGAGCUGCUAACUCCUGCAUUUCCCAAGUACUUUUUGCUUCUUGCAACCAUGGCCAACAUUGCAAAACAAAUAAGCUUGGCUUGCUACUUAGCGACUGGUUCUGCUGUUCAUCGAAGCUUUGCAGUAGCAGAUAACCUAGGGGAAGUAUCAGCUAAAGCGCAGAUUCAAACCGUGUGCUUUGAUAACCUUGGCCUUCUGCUUGCUGCGCUACUGAACUUUGUAUUCAAGAACAAUCAAAGAUUGCAAGCAGGUCUACCCUUUGUUAUAUACCCAAUAUUUUCAGCUUUUGAUCUCUUUGGAAUAUAUCAAGGGCUUAAGCAUGUCCACCUGCAAACAUUAACCAAGGAUAGAAUUGAGAUCAUACUAAAUACUUGGAUUGAGUUGGGAUAUGUGCCUUCUCCUGCAGAAGUGAGCAAACAGGAAGGUAUUGAUUUCCCUUGGACAAAAGGCAAACAUGUGUGGCCCAUCAGAAUAGGGUGCCUUAAUCCCAAGGCCCACUUUUCAAAAUUGUCAAUGAUGGCAAUGCAAUCAUUAAGUGGUGAGGACUACUACUUCCUAUCCAUGGAAGAAAUUUACUCUGGAAUUCCUAGAAGAAAGCAGCAUGGUAUUCUUCUUUGUCUACGAGAAGGAGCUGACACUGCCAACAUUACUACCGGUUUGUUGCAGGCAUGUUACAUUCGCAAAGCUCUUCACUUGAACAGAACUAGGUGGGAAAAUUUGUUAGAGGCUAGAGGUUUUCUCGACUCAGUUCUCACCGAGUGGUUUAAACUACUUGAGGAGUGCAAGAGACGUGCACAAGAUGAUUUGUGCAUAUUAAAUGAGCAGAUAUUGGGACAGGGAUGGGCUGCAAAGAACAUUUUAUUGAAUACAAAGGAACAGACUCGAUACAGCUUCAUAGAUGACUGAAAACUUUUGGAGGUUCUGGUGAGUUCUCUCUACAAUAAAGAAUUUUGGGGAUCACUUGUUUUCAGAAGCUAACGAUUCUUGUUUAUUGAUGCAUGCGCUUCUUAAAAGCCGGAAAGGCAGCGAUAACAGUUUGUGGACUCAUAUAUUUACAUGUAUUUACAUCAUAUCCUACUCCGAGUUGGCAAUGAUCAACCAAUUUCGAAGUUCUAACAAUAAUAUUUUGACCAGAUUCUUUUAGGAGAAACAGACCUGAGUUUGCAGUUAUCUUCUCCAAGAAAAAGAGAAAUCUUCAGGACUGAUUUAACAGAUUUUCAUUCUUCUAAGUAUAUGAGAAGCAA